UGAGGAAGCUCUGUGGUUGAGGUGGCUGCUGCUGAGUGUAACGGUGCUACAGAGACUCUCUUCCCCAUCACUUUCAUUGGGCUUCACCGAACUGAACACUACGUCUCAGUGGCUGAAUACAGCCUAGAACUUAAAACUUGAGUGUAUAGAUAGAUUUAUACUGUAAUGAUACAUGAUUUGAGCUUCCUAUUCAAUUUUCAUUAGUUUACUAUGCAGUUGGAGAUUCAGGGUUAAAGUUUACAUUUUGGCAAAUCAUAUUUUGAUAUCAAAUUCAUUUUGAAUUUGAGCCUGAAUGUAUUUGUUCAGCCUAAUGACUUGAUGUGAAAGGUUGACAUUUGUUUGCCUUUUAAAGAACCUUAUCUGGUGACUUGACUGAAGACAUCUUCAAGAGGGCUAGCUGCAGAGAUUUGUCAUUCCUCUUUUACUAGGUGAGUUUUUCUGCAUUUACUGUACCAAAUGAAUUCAGCCAAUGUGUUCAAUCUAAUAAUUUAUCUCCACGGGUGUAUCUGCAUCAUACUUAGUUAUGCUAUUUCAAAUGUCACCCUGUGUCUGCAAAAUUACACAGUAGAAAGAGUUCCGUGUUUUAUUUACUGAUCCCUUGGGCAAAAGAUAUGAACUAUUCUGCCUAGUAACACAGAAUACUUCAAAUGAGAAAUAUUUUAUAUCUGAAGCUUUUAACCACUAUGAAUCCAGCAGAGGAAAAAUACAUCAAGUUUUGCUAUUUUUGGGAGCCUUUUUGCCCCUAGUCUUCUAUCUUGUUAUGUCUUCAAUACUCUACCAUUUGCCACCUGUAAGGCUGUGCAACCAGAGGGGAGAGAGCUCACAGGGUGAGUCGGGAUAAUACAUAACGGUCUGCUGUGUUUGGUUGAAUGUGGGUGGUAGCUGCUGUGGAAUUGUUUCAAAACACUGGGUGCUAGUAUAUGUUGCCACAGUUUAUGCAGCAAUCCAACCAAGCUCAAGAGUAAUGAGUAUGUGCAAUGACUUGCCUGAGGCGAUGACAUCUAGAGAUGUCUGUAAAUUAUACAUAACACACAUUUAAUGCCAAAUAAAUGACCUCCUUUAUGAAUAGAUUCAGCAGGAAAAGCUCUGCUGGGAAAAUACUCAAUUUCCAUUCAGUAUAUUUUGAACUGAUUUCAUUAUGGAGCUUGUUUUUAUGGUUUCAAAAUGUUGCCUUGAUAAUUUUAGUGUCAGCAAAACCCACAGUACUGUUACUUUCAGAGUGGUUGUGUGACCAGGGUCUGUACCCAGAAAGCAUUUCUGAUUAGGUGUGCUGAUCUCGGAUCAGGUCCCCCUUGUUCCUGUUAUCCUAUUCAUAAUGAUCUGAAAGUUAAAACUGAUCUUAGAUCAGCACUCAUACUCUGAGAAGCUUUAUGAAUACGGCAGUGAAGUAUGUGACCUUGUUAGUCAAAGCACUGCUGCCACCUGCUGUAUGUUGGUUGAUAUGAAUAACACCUGGACUAUUCUGCCAAUUGUCAUGUACUCCAUAUUGCAGGGCCUUCUACUUCCCUUCCAUUAGACUGAGUCUACAAAACUCUCUGUGCUCCUGCUGCUUCUCACUUCCCCACCAUGCCUCGCUCUUUCCUGGUGAGGAGGGGGGGCUCUCCCCCUCUGCGCCCAAAAGCAGGUAGCCCCUACUUGGGCACGACCCUGGUCCCAGUAGGUUCCUCAGAAACAGACAAGAGGCAGGGGGGUACCCUUCAGGGACAGCCGUCACCUAAGGGUGCAGUGUCUCUAGUGACACACAAUGAGGCCUACCCACCACAGCCAUCUCCAUCUCCAGCCCUCCACCCUGCCUCACAUAGUCCCCCUUACCUUCACCCCACCAGUCCCAUGUCUUCAGAUGGUAGAGCUGGGCUGCACCACGACUCUCCCUCCCAGUUGAACCCUGGCAGCCCUGCUGAGGACGUGGGCUCGCCCCUCCUGGGGGAGACCCGACACAGAGGCUGUCCCCAGAUCAGUGACCACAGGACCACUGGGACUGAAUGUCCACUGUGUGGAAAGAUGUUCUUUUCUUUCUCCAGUACGGAGUCCCACGUCCACAAGUCCCAUGGUGGCAGACACAAGCAGUCAUCAUCAGCACACUUCAAGACUAACAGUCAGACGUAUGGCUAUAGGCCAGACCUGGGUUUGAGCUACAGGGUCAAGGAGCGUACGUUUGGCUGUACGGUGUGUGGGAAAGUGUUCAAGCGCUCCUCUACCCUGUCCACUCACCUGCUAAUCCACUCUGACACGCGACCCUACCCCUGUCAAUACUGUGGCAAAAGAUUUCACCAGAAAUCUGAUAUGAAAAAACACACCUUCAUUCACACAGGUGAGAAGCCUCAUGUGUGCCUGGUGUGUGGCAAAGCCUUCAGCCAGAGCUCCAACCUCAUCACCCACAGUCGUCAGCACAGUCGCAACCAGCCCUACCACUGCCUCUAUGGCUUCCAGCGCAAACAGGACCUGAGACAAAACCAGGAGAAUCACCGUACAUAGACCUUUAGGCCAAUACCCUGGCUAAGAGCUGAUCUGAGCUCAGUUUUCACAAUCGGGAGAACCACUGUACAUAGAUAGCAACUCAAACAUCUUUUCAUUAUAAGGGGCACCACUGCACAAGCUAAACAGAAGCUGGGGAUGGAUGAAAGAAGGGAUGGAUGCUCCACAAAAAAUUCUAACAAACAUUUACCUUGACUGUAGUUGAAUCCCAACUGUAUAUUUUGCCUACAUAUAUAUUUAAUUUUUUUCAGUGUCAUCAUAGGGUCAUAUCUGAAAAUGUGUUUAAAACACCUUUGAACUUUAUUCCAAAGUAUCGCUUUCUUAUGUGUAUGCAUUAAAACUCUUUGUUGUCCACUUUCAGAUUUGGAUAACAACAAGA